AUGUCUUCCGGUAGCGAUUCCGACGAUGAAAUCAUAAAUCGAGUGGUGCAGCGAGUCCUUGCAAGGGCAGCUCGACGUCAGGAAGAGGCGAACCAGGAGGCAAUUCCAAGGCCAAUCCAUCGUCGUGAAUCUGUCGACCGCGACCACGUUGAGGCUCACAACCGGCUCUAUGCGGAUUACUUUGCCGACGACCCACGGUGGGGCCCGGCGGUUUUCCGUCGGCGUUUCAGAAUGCGGCGAGAGCUAUUCUUGCGCAUCGUUAACGGGUUGUCGGCGCGUUACCCUGACUUCCAACAGCGUUGGGACGCCGCCGGAAAGCCUGGGUUGUCACCUCUACAGAAGUGCACGACUGCAAUUAGGCAGUUGGCAUACGGAGGUUGCGCCGACAUGUUCGACGAAUAUCUUCACGUCGCCGACACAACUGGUCGUGAUUGUCUGAAGAAGUUUUGUAAAGGCGUAAUUGAGACUUUCGGCCCCACCUAUCUGCGGAAGCCGACCGUACAAGAUUGCCAAUUCCUGCUUGAUUUGCACUGGAGGACGCACGGCUUCCCGGAUCAGUGCCUAUGGAUUUGGCAUGCCUACUUCGGUGUGGCCGGGUCGAACAACGACCUUAAUGUUCUGCAAUCCUCGCCUCUGUUCAACGACCAGUGCCAGGGAAUAGGCCCCUUGGUUAACUUCACCACGAACGGCAACCAGUAUCAGAUGGGGUAUUGCUAG